AUGUCUAGGACACUGGCAGAUGUUUUGCAACUGGCGCUGGACCGCCAGGCGCACAAGUCCUGGUUCUGCCUGACCGCUUCCUCCGAAGAGUCGGGCUGCCGAGCCGCCGUAGUUCUCAACGAGGUGGCACUCGCCGUCGAUCGUAGUGGUAAGGACAUCAUGGACGAGUCUUACGGGCCAUACUUCCUCUUUAACCACGGAACCACGGGUGGUAACGCUGGCCACGGUUGCAGGUGCGUCGACUUCAGCCGUACCCGCCUCGCCGGUGCCUACAAGGCCGACUCGGUGCAGAUGGCGUCGCGGAUCUCGUCUCUGUUGGACAGCAUGUACUCGGGCGAAUUCGGCGACGAGAGCAGCAGCCUCCUACUGCACUACCGCGCGAUAUGGGAUGACAUCCUAGACGCCGCACUGAACCGGUUUGGGGAGCGGGCAGGGGGGGUUAAGACGCAGCCUCUGAGGUUCGAGGAGCCUCAGGAUUUCCUCGACGCCAGCAAGGUAAUCUUCAUGUACCUGUGGACAACGGCCAGUGAUGAGGACGACGACAACAACGACGGGAGCGGGACAGACUUUUCCAUCUCACGGGAGACGUUCGACCGGAUCCGGGCCGCCAACUCGCAGCAGUCCGAGGACAUCGAGUAUCUCUGCAACUGGUCGCGCAUGGUGAAAGAGGGCCUGUCGAAGCUCUCGUUCGCCGACGGCGCCUUAAGCAAACCCGCGGCGGCCAUGGCCCGGCUCAAAACUUUGUUGCGGCAUCCGGCGCCGCCGCCGUCCCCUUCGCGAUCCACGUCAGGGUCGUUGAGGAGGACGACUUCCCAGAUGGUGUCGACGACCGUGGUCCGCAGAACGCGGGCCCCAGUUGAUUUAGAUAAACGGCCUCCGUGGAGGCCGGCUGGAAAGGGGAUGAAUGAGUGA